AUGAAGCGUGGGCGCGUAGCAACCCGUGGCUCGACUCGUCGAGGACUGAGGCGGAAAAAUGUGGUGGUGGAUGAAGAGGAUGAGGAAGACGAGGAAGAGGAAGAUGUGAGCCCAGAGGAACAAGAAGAGGAGGAGGAGGGGGAAGAAGAGGAGGAGGAGGGGGAAGAAGAGGAGGAGGAAAGGGAGAAGACGCCAUCGCCAAAGUUAACGCGUGCGCAGACUAGAAGACAGGAAGAAGAGGCGAAAAAGAACCGAAAGGGUGAUAGGGAGAAGAGAAGAGAGGAUGAUAAUGAUGAAGAAAAAGCGGAGGAGGAGGAAGAGGAGGAAGAGGAAGAAGAAGAGGAGGAAGAAGAAGAAGAGGAAGAAGAAGAGGAGGAGGAGGCUGACGUUGAAGAGAGACGUAGAGGGAGCCGCGACCGGGGAGGCAACAAACCGCAGUUGAGAGGCACUAAACGUCCUCCAAUAAAAAAGCAGAGACGCAAGAUUAUUGACUCAGAAGAUGAGCAAGAGGAGGAUGAAAAAGAGGAAGAAGAACAAGAGGAGGAGGAAGACGAAGAACAAGAGGAGGAGGAGGAAGAAGAAGAAGAGGACGAGGAGGAAGAAGAAGACGAUGAAGAUGAAAUGGUGAAGGUUAUGUCAUCUCAGAAAAGAAAGAUUCAGACACGAAAGGGAGAAAAUAUGACGCCCCUGAGACGAAAGACGAGGGCAAAGACAGCUGCGGCGUCGGAAAGCUUAAAUUCGGCAAAAAAGAUGAUGAAUCGACGACAUGUUGAAAAAAAAAGUGAAGAAAGUGCCGCAAGUGAAGGACAGGAGGAGCAAGAGCAGGGUGCAAGUAUCAAGAGUGAAGAUAAGGAAAAGGAUAAAUCUGCUAGUAAACUGUCGUCUGCAGCUACGGCGUCGUCAUCGUCUCCUCCGAAGCGCAAGGAAUUGUCCAUUGACACGCUUGUGAGCGAUGAAAACGAGGAAGAAGACAACUAUAGCGAGCAAGCUGAUGCUGACAUGACACCCGUAUCGGCGUCUACGUCGGACGGCGGAACAGAGGUUGACGCAACUCCAGAUCAGCACAUUCGCGAAGCGCUCAGUAGUGCCACUACCGAGUCGAAACUAAUGAAGGUUGUGGCAGAGGCGUGUGGCCGAUUGGUCCGGGAGAGAAGGUCUCCUAGCCGACUAUUUUCUGUAGGCUUGCUCGGUGCUGUGAAGGAAAAUCCUAAGCGGUUCGAGUAUCCUGCGAUGCUCAAGUACCUGCUGCGAUUGCUUCGAUCGAAGCACUACGUAGGAAUAAAAGAUACGUCAGACCACGGGAAAAAGCCAAACGCGGCUAUUUCGCUGGUACCGGGACGCUUGCCUGGAUCCGCAGAAAUUUUACAGUUAUCGCUUCCUGUGUUGGUGACCAACCUUUUGGUCUUGAUAAUGAAGGACAUUGACGAGUGGCCGAUUGAUAGCGUGAAGGUGUUGCUGGAUGAUUCACUUUACUCACGAGUCUGGGUCGACCACGAGCUGAGUCAGCUCUUUGUCAAAAACGUGAAGACAAUGCUAGAGAGUGGUGAUCAGCAAUUUGCAGAACCUCUGGUUCGGAAACGCUUUCAGGGCGUUGCUGUGAUACAAGAGAUGAAAGAACUUAUCACCAAUCACAUUCGGUCGCGUCUUCUGGAGCUGGAGAAGGAGCGACCGGGUAGUGUAGGUGGAGCUCCUGGUGCUGGUGGCAACCAUGCGGUUCGAAACAUGAUUAUGACGCUUGCUGAAUUUGCUAGCAUUCCCCAGGUGCGAGUAUUUGGUGCCGAGAAUUUGGAAGCUUGGCUGCAAAACCCCUCAGUUAAAGGCCCUGCUAAAGAGUUGCUGAACAAGAUAGUCUUGCUCUGCAAAUCAACAAGCUCUCAGGAUACUGCUACGGUAGAUUUGCUAUUGAAGCUAAAGCUGAAGUCGACUAUGUUCCAGCUAAAGGUUGAAGCCAUCACCCAUCUUGUAUGCAAUCAUCCCGUUUAUUUGAAACGGGCGUUGUCAAUGCUCAUUGCUCAGGAGCGCCCCAACAAUAUGUCAAGAGAUGUGGACAAUAUAAAAAUGCUUCAGCACAUCUUCCGGGCAUCACGCUCGGCGUCUGCUUCUUCAAUCCUGGGCAGCCCCGAUGAUGUAUUUUACCGCCGCCCGAUUGAGCACCAAGGCACCCUUGCUAGUCGAGAAUUGGCGCGCGUCUUUCGCGAAAUGGCCAGCAUUUCCGACGUCACUCCAGUGUUGAAGACAAUUGUACGAAAGAUUCUCAAGCAGCUAACGUUCGAACAGGUUGACAUUAAGGCGCUUUGUGUUGGGAUUCUUGACAAUGAUGGUCAUUGGGAUGCGUUGGCAGGCGAUGCUCGAGUUUUAGACUACAUGGGACUCGUCACUGGUGUCGUAUGGUUGAUUUUACUCAUGCGAGGAGCAGCCGUGAAAAGCCUUCAAAUUCAGCAAUCCAGUGCCAUAAACCGUCAGAGUGCUGGUUCAGCUGCUCUCAGCUCGGUAGGUCUAAAGCAUGGUAGUACACAAAGUAUUCCACGUCGUGGAGCUAACCCGCCGCUUCCAGUAUCAAGGGCAAGCAGGCUUGGUCCUCCAAAAGCCAAGCAGCUACUAAACAAGUCGACGCUUUUAUCUAACCAUACUGUGACUGGCGGUGGUAUUAGUGCUCCAACUAGUCAGGGCCAAAGUGGAAGUAACGUCAACAGCACUGGUGGCGGUAUACUGUCCGAAGGGUCAAAAAUAGUGAAAAUUUCUGUAUGGGCAAAAGAUGAACUACAGCAAGCACUUGCUUUCGUUCAGCGAGAGGCAAUACUUUGUUGUCGUGGCGUGUUAACGCACUUUGGGCUUAACGGCGACUCACCCUUCGAAAAAAUGCUGUAUGAAAGCAUUGUAAAGAAGUUACUUUUUCUUGAUAUACCUUCGGAUGUGCAGCCAACAGAGCACGAUCGGACCUGCUUUCAGGCAACGAAGGAGGAUAUUCCCGUUCACCCAGACUCACUGGAACUGCUCACAAUCUUGUAUAACUCUUGCAGAGUAGUCGAUCGUAUGGAGGCUCUUCGCACCUUAGAGACAGUCGUUUUUCGCGGAGCCGAGGCUCAUAUGCACCGCGAAACUUUGUGGCGUCACCAUGAAGACGAUCUUACUGCGUAUACUCAGAGUGGUGGUGUGCUAGGUAUCGAAGUGAACAAUAGUCACUUUGUCCAGCACUUGCUAAAACUAGCAUUGUGGCACGGCAGUGACGGCAAGCAAGAAGAAAAAUUUUGCCAUUCGAGCCGCUUUUGGAUCUGCUGCUCCAUUUUGCUGAUUGUUGGAUGCUUUAAUCCUAACACUGUAGGUGCUUAUUUAUGGGAGGAAAUUCCGACAUUGCGAGGAUUGAUGCAAAUGGUCAUCACUGGACGAUAUACGCUCCCUGCCAUAAGCACCCUCGAUCCGUUGCUACUUGGCAAGCACGGAGCUACAUUUCCAGAUCUGGUCCAAGGCAAUUUACAGUUACGGGAUUAUGAGCAGCAGCUGCUCCAGCUCUACCAAGCAGAUCCAUCUGUGACGGCGGAUCCCUUGAUGCUGUUUGAUACCAGCGGAUUGGCACGCCAACCGCCGCCAGCAAUUUUGGACCACUUAACUACCCUGGACCGCAAGUUUAAGCUUGGCAUGCGCCUUCGGAAAAGUCGAAAGAAAGAUUUUCUCAUGGAAAUGGUUGCCGGAAAUAAUGAAAAAAAUGAACUGCAGAAUGCUAAUCCGGCGAGUGCUGCAGGUAACAGUGCGUGGUGGAUAGCAGAUCUUGUUUGCGAGGACUUUGAUACCGUGCAGCACCUUCCUUACGGAUGCUUAUGUCAAUUGCUUCUUCUUGCGCUGCGACCAAGCACCUCGAACAACCGUGCAGGCUUACAAGGACAAGUCCCACUGAAUCAAUCUGCUUUGACUCAAAUUAUCCCACGUUUGCUGAACAAGUUGCGCGAUUAUCUUGCUGGCAAAAACAGCAAUUUAGAGGUGGCAUCCAAAGUCGUUCUGUACUAUCUGAAGUGCCUGAAUUCUCCCGAGCUGGUUACACGACGAGUGGCUGGUCGUAUUUUUCACUUGUUGACAAUGCCUCGCAGCGUUGAUGAAGAGCCUGAAGAUAUUUGUCAGGUCGUUGUUACUUCUGGUCCAGAAGGUAACCUGAGUUUCUCGUGGCUUUGUGAACUGGCGAAAAUAUCAUGCUAUAGCAACAUUCGUAACCAAAUUUUUCGCUCUCUGGAAAACCUACUGGAGCUGGAAGCAUCGAUCCCAUCACUUGGUACUUGCGUGAAAGCACUGCAUGACUUUUCCAAAAACAAUGGCAGCGAUAUAGUGGCCAGCACUAACUCACCUGACAAUAGUAAAAAGAAUGGUGACAGCACUUCUCAAAAAAGCGCCGUUGAGCAAUCUCUAUUACUGGCUGGAGCAUACGGCCGGCUUCUUGCUGGACGCGAUUUGGUCGCAACGCUGCUGCUUAAGGACCACGAUAUCUACACCAUUACUGUGGAGGUAAUUUGGCGUGCCAUCGAGUCACAGCUAGAAAUUGCUCCCCAGCUAAAGGCAACCUCAGGUAUUAGCUUUUCAGACUGUAAGGUGUUUUACGUGACCGACGGAGCAAACGCCAUCCGUGAGAUUAAACUUCCACUCGCGAUUAUUCAUGGUGCUAUUCAGGUGCUUUGCUCACCACACGCACACAAUGAUAUAUCUAAAAUUAAAAGCAACCGAACUGCUAACUGCUUAGCGAAGUUGACGCAGAGCUUGUUCCCGAAACCGACGGGGAAUACAGCUAUCUUGUCCAGCACGGGCCUUAUUGCAACGAAGAACCCGCGCUUGUAUCCCGACCACUUGCUGGCCAAGCUUGCUGUAGCAGCUUCCUCUGCAACGUCACACCUUUGUGCUAUGGCCAUUCGCGCCAUGUCAAACGAAUCGUUAUGGAAUUUUCUUGAGCAGUCCGCCCUGAGUGACCAGUGUCUUGAGAUGGCGUUGCAUCGAAUUCUCGAGACAGCUAAAAAGAAUGAGAGCAAAGCCAUUACCAGCUUAAUCACAGCUACGAAGGCAUCGGAUGUCUCGGUUGGAGCAUGUGCUGUGUUGAUGCAGAUCAGCGCAUAUGAUGCGAUGGACUCGCUCUCCCCGGCUGUGGAAAUGAAACUGAAGUUGCUACGUGAGUGGCUUCAAGAACGAUCCGGUGCCAUUAAUAAUAUGGAUACGGAUGAAGAUGCCGAAGUAGCACUUUUGCUAUCAGAAGGCUUUGCCACAUCUAAGAUGAAAGCAUCUGAUUCUAGUGCUACACCUCCCAUGUCUUCAUUUUACGCAGAACUGAUGAUUAAGGCGCCCAAGAAGCCGACACCAUUAAUUCCCGAGCGCCUGAAGACUGAUAUGGCGAAAUUUCAGGAUACUUACUUCCUGUCGUCUCACCAUCUACAAUUUAAGAAAGGUGUCAUUGGAUUUGACAACAAUGUGUCGUUGCUUGACGACAUAGUAGAGGAGCUCAAGCGGAGUUCUUGUUCGGGAUGUUUACCCGUCAUUAUUGCCCCGGAAGACUUCGUAUUGGCCACAAGCCAAGUGGUUCGACGGUCUUGUCUAAUUAGUGAGGACAAUGUUACACGUUCUGCACCUGAUACAUGGAGACUACUCAUGUCAUUGCUGCACUUUGCGCGGUCGUCUUGCAACUCUGAAGCUGCCGCUGCUCAGCUUGCUAAAGCGUUACUACAAGUUUUGGACCACUUACCAACCUGUCCAAGCGUUUUCCAUCGCAAGGAAUGCAGUGAGUUCUUACGGCGCGUGCUGGACAACCUUAGCGAAGAAUUAACUGGGUCGUACUCUGCCUCCGUCAGCUUUAUCCGGCAUUUGUCGAACGCCUCCUCGACUGAGGGGCUUAACGUGCUAGAACAUCCGUCUGUAAUACUGGAGAUCUUUGUAGUACUGCAGUCGGUGGUGCGGUUUAUUAACCAGAGUUUUGCAUGGUGGAAAAUGCAUGGUGUUGUGCUUCGUUUAGAUGCUAUGACACUUCAAAGCUUGGUGGUGCUCGUAAAAGAAGUCGAGGUAAUCCAGCGCCUGAAUUAUGUUGAAAACGUGUCUAGGAUAGAUGCUACGAAACUCUUGACAAGUAUAGCACACGAUCAAGGUGAUGAUAGUCGGAUGUUAAACCUGCUGAACCCGAUCAUGACUGCAGACCCGCAUCUUGGAAACAUAAGUGGCAAUGUUUCCAUACAUGCAGACGUCAAGCGAGACCUCAUCGCAGCGUUGUACUUCCAGAACCCUGCGCUAGUAGCUGGACUUCUCGGGAUGCUAAAUCCGGACUGGGAGUCGUUUGUCAAUCUCGAUGAUCAGCAGCAUGAGCUUGUGAUUCAGGACCGAGGGUUAUUGUCUCAGGUGGAUAAUAUCCUGCGUGACCUGACGAAGGAUGGAAGUGAGGUCAUGGAACGAUUUCGACAGCUGUCCCGAUCUCACCCCAUGUUGGUGCUAUCGCGUUUCCCUCGGCAGCUUAUGCAGCACUUUGGCACUGUAUCGCUAUCGCAGCUUUAUCUCAACAUAACCUUUUUUCAAAACAUUCUAGGUGCCAUGCAAAUCAUGCGGCCCCACAUGCGCCAUCAGCAAAGCGUUAUGAAACCAUUUUGCCAAUUCUUGUUUGAGAUUCUGAACGUGAUCGUUGAUCACCAAGCUGUUGAGUUCCGUCAACUCGUAUCUCACAUGUGGGAGUUUUUCUAUGAUGCACUCGAGGCAGACUUUGACCUUGCUAGUGACCUGAUUUUCUCGGAACCGCGUGUACUUUUGUUGGAAAGCAUUGUCAAUAUGUACGAGUCGCAACCGGAGACAGCGGCGUUUGGAGAGGUCUUGACGCAACGUCAUAACGAAUCAAGCUUGCGUGCGACGCUAGAAUCAAUUCGAACAGGACGUAGCAAGCACCAAUCAGCAGCGAGCCAGCAACACCAUAUUGAGCUGUUGUUGACUCGAAUUGAAAGUCAAGCCUCUGUGCUUGCAUCAGGUGGCAAGCCGUUGGCUGAACCUGCCGACGUGAGUACUAUCACCCAAGGACUGCAGGCAAUCGAUAUUUUGUGCGCAAAGACGGAUCAAGGGGCAGCAGGGGUGGCUAUCUUGCGACGUUGUGCGGCUCCGGUAGCGUCGCUUUUGAUGAUGAAAACGGCGACGAGAGCAGUCAUGACAGCGCUGUGCCAAACGUUGCUAAACCUGAUGAGGUAUGAUUCCGUCUGUAUUGACGAAGUCAUGCACUAUUACGUGCAAUGCUUGCGCUCUGUCCGACCUGCUUUGAAAGAAGCUGCAGUAAAUACCGUUCUCGAAUUCCUAGUCUUUGCUGAUGCACGACAGCGGCGACAGAUUUUGCAACAACUUUUUGAUGAUCCAAGCGAAAUUGCCAAGAACAAGCUUGGGUUGUAUCUGAAAAGCGCUGCAUUUCGGACGGCACUAUUUGUUUCCUAA